AUGACACGAAUAGAAAGGAGCGCUCAGGCACGUGCUCCAAACGCACGUAAAAAAGUGAUGCCAGUAGAAACGGAACUAUACGACCUUCUAGGGGUGCAUCCAGAAGCUACCGAAGAUGAGAUCAAGAAGGCCUAUCGAAAGAAGGCGAGAGAACACCAUCCGGACAAAAACCCAGAUGAUCCAAUGGCGGGCGAGAAGUUCCAGGAAAUGGCCGCUGCCUACGAGAUUCUAAGCUCAAUAGAGACACGAGAAACCUACGAUAGAUUCGGCAUGGAUGGAGUGUCAGGGAGGGGUGCUCAUGGAGCCGGAGGAAUGGACGCUGCAGACCUCUUCGCCGAACUGUUUGGCCACGGGAUGCAAUUCGGUUUCGACUUUGGCCCAGGUUCGCGCCCCAGACGGACGAAGGGCGAAGACACCGUCAUCACUCACGAAGUUACCUUGGAGGAUCUCUACAAUGGGAAGUCAGUCAGGAUGAGCCUAGAGAAAGAGGUAGUGUGCGGCGUGUGCAAGGGAUCAGGCGCGCGGGGUUCAGCGAAACCGAAGACUUGCGUGAAGUGUGAAGGUAGAGGAUGGAAUAUGGUACAAUCACAGAUGGGUCCAUCACGCAUGGGUUUAUCUAGAGCGGUGUGUACGGGAUGUGAUGGACGUGGAGAGAAGCUACGAGAGAAGGAUCGCUGUAAGAAGUGCAAGGGGACCAAGACGAUCAAAGAGAAAACGCGGCAGGAAAUUUUCAUCGAGCGGGGGAUGGCUGAUCGACAAAGAGUCGUCCUCGCCGGUGCUGGCGACGAAGAGCCAGGGGUCCCUCCCGGUGAUGUCAUUUUUAUGCUGAAAGCUCACCGCCAUGACUCUUUUGAACGUACCGGCAACGACCUGCUUACGACAGUACACGUAACAUUGUCCGAAGCACUACUUGGAUUUUCGCGUAUCCUCAUCACACAUCUUGAUGGUCGUGGAGUUCACGUCUCCAGCCCACCUGGGAAGAUCAUCAAACCCGGUGAUAGCAUAGUGCUGCGGGGUGAAGGCAUGCCUGUAUACAAAAAUCCAGAUCAGAAGGGAAAUCUGUAUGUCGUUCUUGAAGUCGACAUGCCCGAUGAGACAUGGAUCAAAGCCGUCGAUAAGGCAGCGUUGGGGGCGCUGCUGCCGCCCAAGAAGUCCGAGAUGGAUCCCAAGCCUUCGGUCGUUGACGAGGUGCCGUUUGAAGAGGGUGACAUUGUGGACUUUGGCGAGGGGGAUGAGGAUGGUUGGGAAGAUGAUGACGACGACGAUGACCACCUCGGGCAGGAUCCUGAAUUGCUUUCUAGUCUACAUUUGUAUCUGUUAAUGCAUUCACCGCUCUAUCUUGCCUUCCACCUGUGUGCAAAUGUAGUGUCGGUCAAAAUCUCUGUGCUCCGCCGUGACAAUCACUGUCAGACCAAAGUGACUGCGCACUCUGCCGAAGAACAUGUCAAGGACGACAGGCCAAAGUUCCUGUACACCCUGGUAACGCACUUCAGAUGCUUCACAAUAGUCGCGGGGCGACGCACCCAUAGCUCCCAUUCUGUGCGUUGCGACAACCACCAAUGGCUCUUAAUAGGUUUGCGGAGUAUCAGGGCGGCUUUCGGGGACGACAAGAUAAUCAUCAUGUCAUGGGAGUGCUACGAGACCGUAGAGAAUGGCUCGACGUGCGAUAAUUGUGAUACAGAUAGUUCUGGAUGGCGUCUGGCCAAUGAAGCGAGACAUUCGCAAGAGUAUCCUCCUUGA